GUAGAGGGUCAUACUGGGCUUUAGACUUCAGUGCUGUUGAAACUGAACCAUGUCAUAACAAAAGAUCUUUGAAACAAUAUUACCUUCUAGCACAAGGGCUUGAAGGUAAUGCAAGCAUCUCACAACAAACAAUGUCUUAUACCAGUGCUAGCAUUAGUAAUAUUGCAGCUUAUGAUACUAAUAGCCAUGUUCAUGUGGAUGAGCAUAAUGCUACCGCUUUUAGCGAAUAUAGUAUGCAUCAAAUUUAUUAUCUACAGAUAUCAAUAUAUCUAACAGAUAUUAAUACAGCAGCUAGAUUAGUUAAACGAUUAAGGAUUAAAUAA